AUGAAGAGGAGGCUACACAAGAAGUACAUCAUUUUGAUUUUGGCGUAUUCAGGUUUACUCCUGCUCAUCCCGUACGUGUUAGAUUACCGGGAUAAAUCGGCUGCGCGCCUCAGGCCGCAGCAGCAGCAGCAGCCCAGAUGUGCGGACCUGGAGAACUCCGUGGCCCUGCUGUGGGACCACGGAGCCAACGGCAGCACCGCCACGGAAUACCCGGCCAACAGGAGCCGGUCCCGGACACACAUCUACCUGCAUGCCACGUGGAGGACCGGCUCUUCGUUUGUGGGGGAGCUGUUCAACCAGCACCCGGAUGUGUUCUACCUCUACGAGCCCAUGUGGCACAUCUGGCAGGCGCUGUACCCCGGGGACGCGGGCAGCCUGCAGGGCGCGGUGCGGGACAUGCUGAGCGCGCUGUACCGCUGCGACUUCUCCGUGCUCCAGCUGUACGCCGGCUCACACAACAUCAGCACCGCCUUCAUCUUCGGCUGGAAGAUGAACAAGGUGAUCUGCUCCGAGCCUCUGUGCCACGCGCACAGGCGGCACGAGAUCGGGCUGGUCCGAGAGGAGCAGUGCGGCAAGUGCCAGAGGAGGGAGCUGCGGGAGCUGGAGAGGGAGUGCAAGAAGUACUCGGUGAUGGUGAUCAAAGGAGUGCGCGUGCUGGACCUCAGCACCCUGGUCCCUCUGAUGAGAGACCCCGCUCUCAACCUCCAAAUUAUCCAGCUCUUCAGAGACCCCAGGGCCGUGCACAACUCGCGCCUCAAGUCCAAGCAGGCCCUGGUGAAGGAGAGCAUCCAGGUGCUGCGGAGCAAGAAGCAGAACGAUAAGUCCAAGCGGCUGCUGGUUCCGAGCAACAGGCCGAACCGGGCCGAGAGCUACGUGUCCAGCGCCAUGGAGCUCAUCUGCGACAACUGGCUCAGCGACAUCAUGCUGCUGGUGAACGCGCCUCCGUGGCUCAGGAGGAACUACCUGCGUGUGCGCUACGAGGACCUGGUCCUGCGCCCCCUGGAGCAGCUGCAGAGGCUCCAGCGCUUCUCCAACCUCUCCUCCAUCCCCGCCCUGGACACGUUUGCGCUGAACAUGACGCGCGGUCGCGGCUACUCCUCGGACAAGCCCUUCCUCAUAUCAUCCAGGGACGCGAAGGAGGCCAUCUAUGCGUGGAGGGAGCGGCUGAACGUGGAGCAGAUAAAUCAGGUGGAGGCCUUCUGCAGCGAGGUCAUGAGGCAGCUGGGCUACGAGAAGAGCCACAUGGACAAAGACACAUGAGGGGCACCACCUGCGAGAAGAUGGGGUUCAUGUGUACAGCACGUGUGUUGUUGAACGGCUUCAAUUUACAAGUGGAAAGUUGCUCCGUGUUUGUCUUCAAGGGGGACCGCAGCCUCCCCCUCCUCUCUCAGCAUUAAAGUCAGCCUGUGAGUGUUAGAGAGAAUGAA